UGUCAUUGGCAUUUGUUUUCUUUCUUCGUACGCUGCGGCAUGCCUGACGGGAUUGGUAAAUUGGUAUUUUGUGUCGUCACCGCACCCACAGCGAUUGUAGACCAGACUGAUUCCUUUUUCUCCUCACAUUCUACACCGGAAAUGAAUUAAUGUAUCAUUAAAAAAUGUCAUCUGAAUUUCAUUGAAUCAUAAGUACGGUUUUUCUGUAGCCAGCAUGGACGAAGGUACCUUGAACGAUCUUCUGGAGUGCUCUGUAUGCCUAGAAAGGUUAGAUACCAGCAGCAAAGUGCUCCCCUGCCAGCAUACUUUUUGUAAAAAAUGUCUUGAAGAGAUCGUGGAGAAACACAAAGAACUACGAUGCCCUGAGUGCAGGGUUUUGGUCCAGGCUAAAGUGGAAGACUUGCCUCCUAAUGUACUACUCAUGAGGAUCUUGGAAGGAAUGAAAAAUGCAGGAAAUCCUGUGCUGAAGAAAGCUCAUAGACCAAAUAGAUCCCCAAACCAGUUACUAACAAACCCUUCAACAUUUUCAACAACACCAGUUCAUCAUCAGCAUGGCACUCCAGAUCACAGGACUACUUCAAAUAAACAUCAAAAUAUGCAGAUUGCUCCACAUCAACCAUAUGCUAUUGCUGCAUAUGAUUACACAUCCAGAGAAGCAGGUGAUUUGAGUUUCAAAAGAGGUGAUGUGAUCAUUUUAAGGAAAAGGAUAGACAAUAACUGGUACCAAGGUGAAUGUGGUGGCAAGCAGGGAGUCUUUCCAGUAAGCUAUGUUCAGAUAAUAACCCCAGUGCCAAGUCACCUCCCUCAGUGUAAAGCAUUAUAUGACUUUCGCAUGGCUGGUGGCGACGAAGAAGAGGGAUGUCUGCAAUUCAGAAAGGGGGACAUAAUCAACGUUAUUAGAAGAGUUGACGAAAAUUGGGCAGAAGGAAAACUUGAUGGCCGAAUCGGCAUUUUCCCUUUGUCAUUCGUGGAACUAAAUGACUUAGCCCGAUCAUUGAUGAAGUUGUCCACAAACGUUCAACCUGGCCCAUCUCGUCUAGCGCCACCUACUCCGACAAAUGAGGACACUUCUCCUCUCAUCCCUACUGAUCACACAAGAACAGUGAUCAAUCAGCGCAGGUCGCCACAGACUAAUACUAAUCAAUUACAGAGGGACCAUCAGAGUAAACAGAAAAUGAAUGACCUAAAUAUCGAAAAUGACCAUAUUUUUUUAAAGGCAAGACAAAUGUACUGUUAUCAAAAGUAAGUAGUCAUAUGUUAGUGAAAUUGAUUCACUAUUGUAAAUGGAG